AUGAAGUUCGCCAAAGAGCUGGAGCAGGACUUGGUCCCUGAAUGGAGGAUAAAGUACCUCAACUACAAGGCUGGCAAGAAGUAUGUCAAGGCCGUCUCCCGCGCCAUCAGCAGGGCCACUGGCAACACUCCCCGACUUGGACGUCGAGGAGAGAUCCCACCACACAGGACGCCUUCCUUCUUUGAUAGUCCCGAGGAGUCUCGCCAGAAUGGCCGCCAGCGAGCUCAUGGAGCCGCGACCACCCGGACUGGUCUAGCUGCAGGUCAGCCCGCGUCCUUGCUUGAUGAGCAAUUUGCUCCAGAACAACUGUCGCUCAGACGGUCAUCCGCCACAGGUCCAAACUAUGGGAGCAUCGGCCCAUCUCCUCAAACAGUGAACUCGAACCUCACGCGUGAACGCACGAGAUUCGAGCUGCCAGGGCCCGCUAUGAAUGAUGCGCCCUCUUUGGACGAUCUGACCUCGGCAGAUGUAGCAGCAGGCCCGCCGGGUCUCCGCCGAAGCAGCUCGACAGGACGAGCCAGCAAUGAAAACUCGCAUUUUCACAGUCUGCCACGGCCUGCAACAAUCAAUGCCAGACCAGUCCCGCCCGGAAGGGUCCGGCGACUGUUCUCCACCAACGGACCCUUGAGCAAGGUCGAGAGCAACAAGCUCGAGUACGGCAUGGAAGCUUUGGACCAGGUGCGCCAGCGUGAGCGCGAAUUCUUUGAUUUCAUGGAAAGCGAACUCGAUAAGGUCGAAUCCUUCUAUAAGCUCAAAGAAGACCAGGCCGGCGAUCGGCUUGCUGCUCUGCGGCAACAGCUGCACGAAAUGCGGAAUCGGCGCACUGCAGAGCUAGCGGCUGCUCGCGAGCAAAAAGAGCGUCAUGGCCAGUCGAACCACAACCUUAACGGGAGUGACCAGGACUUGGCGCGCCGGCUUGUGAUCGAGCCGAUCAAAUCCAAAAUGUUCAAGCCUGGGCCAAACUCCAAGGCUCUAUCCAAGAUGCCACAAACUCCCGUGCUUGCUUCUGACGGCCGCGACGGAGCGAGGGACUAUAUCCGUCGUCCCGAAGCUCAGGACGUCCCGUACAGAACAGCAAAGAGGAAGCUCAAGCUCGCGCUGCAAGAAUUCUACCGUGGCCUCGAACUUCUCAAGUCGUAUGCGAUCCUGAACAGGACAGCAUUCCGCAAGCUCAACAAGAAGUACGACAAGGCCGUCAACGCGAGGCCGCCUUAUCGUUUCAUGAACGAAAAGGUCAACAAAGCCUGGUUCGUCAACAGUGAUAUCAUUGACGGCCAUAUUCGAACAGUCGAGGAUCUCUAUGCUCGCUACUUCGAAAAGGGCAACAAGAAGAUUGCGGCUGGCAAACUACGUCGACUGCACAAGCGAGCCGGCGACGAGUCUGACACGACAUUCCGCAAUGGACUGUGCAUCGGCAUCGGUCUCGUUUUCGCUGUGCAGGGACUUGUGUAUAGCGUGCAGCAACUAUUUGAUGCGGACCCCAUCGUCCGACAACAGACUGGCUACCUGUUGCAGAUCUACGGCGGCUAUUUCUUGAUUCUCUGUUUGUUCUUCUUGUUCUGUCUCGACGCUUACAUGUGGACGGCCAACAAGGUGAACUAUCAGUUCAUCUUCGAAUUUGAUGCUCGUAAUCAGCUGGACUGGAGACAGUUGGCGUCCUUCCCGAGCUUCUUCCUGAUGUUGUUCGGAGUGGUUUACUGGCUCAACUUUGCCAUCCAUAUACCUCAGAUGCAUCUUUACUACCCUGUAGUCCUUGCGGGUCUCUCUGUCCUAAUCAUCCUACUACCUCUGCCGGUUUUCUGGUACAAGAGCCGAAGAUGGCUCGCUUAUGCUCAUAAUAUUGAACUGUUCUUUUGCUUGUAUGCCAACUAUUGGAACGAUCCUGUUCAGUGCAACUCGAAUCACUCACGCUUGAUGGGGUUCUUUGCCGCUCUGCCGCCGAUAUGGCGCGCGUUGCAGUGCAUUCGUCGUUACUACGACACCAAGAACGUCUUUCCGCACCUUGUCAACUGCGGCAAGUAUGCCAUGUCCAUCAUGGCGGCGGUCACGCUGUCUCUGUAUCGUAUCGAUGGCACCACCGCAAACUUUUCGCUGUUCGUGACGUUCUCAGUCAUCAACAGUAUCUAUUGCUCAAUCUGGGAUCUCCUCAUGGAUUUCUCUCUAUUGCAGCCAGAUGCCCGCUACCCUUUCUUGAGGGACAUCCUCGCCAUUAAGCGGCGCUGGAUGUACUAUGCCAUCAUGGUCCUCGACCCCAUCCUGCGGUUCGGAUGGAUCUUCUACGCCAUCUUCACCCACGACGCCCAGCACAGCACCAUCGUCUCGUUCCUGGUGGCCCUGUCCGAGGUCCUGCGUCGUGGCAUGUGGGCGCUGUUUCGUGUCGAGAACGAGCACUGCUCAAACGUCGCGCAGUACAAGGCCAGUCGCGACGUACCUCUUCCGUACCGGCUGCAGCAAGAGCCGCUCACCGAGCGCGUCAGCACCGAAGACGAGGGCGGCGGCGGCGCUUCGCUGCGCCAAUCUACUUCCCGAGUAGCUACUACAGGCCACGGGACCGGUGCCGCCGCGAGCAUGCGCAGUCCCGCUCCGGCAGAGGAGCCUCGCAGUGACGAGGCCCUCGAGAGUGGCGGUGGGACGCUGCGCUGGCGGAAGCCGGAGCUCAACCGGGCAAGAUCGAUUAGGAACAUCAUAGCCUCGGCUCACAGGCAGGACUUUGAGAAGAAGCGGCGCGGGCCGGACGAGUACGCGCCCACACAUGGCGAUGUCGCGCCUGACGGCGACUUUGUGAAUCCCAGCGACGACGAGGACGAUGAUGACGAGAGUGGUAGCGUCCACAACGAGCGGCUCGAAAUCCGCCGUGUCGAGGGGCUUGUAAGGGAAGACUCAAGCGAUGCUGAGUAA